AAUAUGCGACGGCGAGUUGAAACUCUCUCACUCUUACCCACGUGUGUGAGUGUGAGAGUGUAUUUCCGCUCAGGUUGCAGUUUUAUUCAUUUUUUAUUUAAAAUGCGGCCUUUAACAGAUGAAGAGACGAAAACAAUGUUCGAAAAGCUCUCCAAGUACAUCGGAGAGAACAUCAAGCUCCUCGUGGAUCGACCUGAUGGGACUUACUGCUUCAGGUUGCAACACGAUCGUGUGUACUACAUCAGCGAGAAGAUGCUGAAGCUGGCCACGAAUAUCUCUCGCGACAAGCUGGUGUCGGUCGGCACGUGUUUCGGGAAGUUCACCAAAACACACAAGUUUCGGCUGCACAUCACGGCUCUGGAUUUUCUCGCUCCUUACGCAAAGUAUAAAGUGUGGGUGAAGCCCGGAGCCGAGCAGUCUUUCCUAUACGGCAACCACGUCAUGAAGUCUGGUCUGGGCAGGAUCACGGAAAACACGGCUCAGUACCAAGGAGUGGUGGUUUACUCGAUGGCAGACGUCCCACUGGGUUUUGGAGUCGCAGCGAAGACCACACAGGAAUGCCGCAGAGUGGAUCCCAUGGCCAUCGUGGUGUUUCAUCAGGCCGAUGUGGGAGAGUACAUCAGGAACGAGGACACACUCACUUAACGCGCUCGGACCGGACUGUGUUUUUUUUUUUGUUUUUGUAAUAGACUGUUUCUUUUCAUUUAACUCAGUGAUCAUCUUCUCUCACUGCUGGAAAAAGUGUCACCUGACCGACUGCAACAUCAUCAACAUUCUCUCAAAUGGAGCUUUUCUGUUUCUAAAUAUAUGGUGUGUUUUGUUUUCUCCAAAAUGGUCACGUUUGCUAUUUUAAUACGACUUUAUAAUAAUGUG